AUGGCGGACUUGAUCACUUUGGCGACAUGUUCUCUCAAUCAGUGGGUGUUGGAUUGGGAGGGUAACUUGAAGAGAAUUCGCAAGAGUAUCAUCCUCGCCAAGGAAGCUGGAGCUACGCUUAGAACGGGCCCUGAGCUCGAGAUUACAGGCUAUGAGUCCCUACUCGCAAUCUUGACUGACACCGAACUCCAUGGUAUUCUCAUCGACGUUGGUCUUCCUCUCAUGCACAGAGGGUGUCGAUACAACUGCCGUGCUAUUAUCCUGGAUGGGAAACUCCUCUGCCUUCGCCCCAAAAUCUAUCUUGCCAACGAUGGAAACUUCAGGGAGAAUCGAUUCUUCACUCCUUGGAACAGGCCGAGAUAUGUUGAGAAGUACAAUCUUCCUCCUGCUCUUCAGAAGCACCAAUGCGUUCGACAAGUUCCCAUCGGUGAUGUUGUUCUGUCCCUCAAUGAUACAACUGUCGCCGCCGAGACUUGCGAGGAGCUCUUUACCCCCCAGGCACCUCACAUUAACAUGGCUCUCAACGGCGUGGAAAUCUUCACCAACUCCUCCGGCUCUCAUCACACACUGAGAAAGCUUGAUGAGCGUAUUGCUCUAAUAUCUGAAGCAACUCGCAAGAGUGGUGGUGUAUACCUUUAUGCAAACCAGUCUGGCUCCGAUGGAGACAGGCUUCUCUACGAUGGUGCAUCUCUCAUCAUGGUCAAUGGCUCGAUCGUGGCUCAAGGCUCUCAGUUCAGCUUGGACGAUGUCGAAGUUGUUACCGCGACCGUUGAUCUCGAAGAAGUCCGUGCUUAUAGAUUCGCCCCAUCUCGCAACUUUCAGGCUGUGCAAGCACCUGUGUAUGAGAGAAUCGAGGUUGAUUUCAGCCUGGGUCAUGAGGAUCUUGACCUCCUUCAUGCCCCAACAGCUCCUCGACCAGCCCGUUAUCAUGUCCCCGAGGAAGAAAUUGCCCUUGGCCCAGCUUGCUGGCUUUGGGAUUACCUCCGAAGAAGCAGGGCAUCUGGUUACUUGGUCCCCCUCUCAGGAGGUAUUGACUCAUGUGCAACCGCUACUAUUGUGUUCAGCAUGUGCAGACUCGUCGUUGAGGCUAUCAAGGCUGGUAAUGAGGAGGUCAUUGAAGAUGUCAAGAGAAUUGCUGUGUUCUCGGAUAAGCUCCCCGAAACCGCCGAGGAGUUCUGCAAUCAGAUCUUCCACACGGUGUACAUGGGUAUGGAGAAGCAGAGCAGCAAGGAGACUCGACAGCGUGCCAAGGACCUUGCCGAGCGUAUCGGUAGUUACCACACUGACAUGAACAUUGACGAUACCUUCCACGCUACCAAGAACUUGCUUACUCAAGGCACGGGAUUCGAGCCUAAAUUCAAGGUUCAUGGUGGAUCAGCUACUGAAAACUUGGCCCUUCAGAAUAUCCAGGCACGCAGCCGCAUGGUCAUCGCCUAUUACUACGCUCAGAUGCUACCAACAGUUCGGCAGCGCCCAGGGGGAGGAAGCCUGCUUGUGCUUGGAUCCAGUAAUGUUGACGAAUGUCUCCGAGGAUACCUCACAAAAUACGAUGCUGAUUUGAACCCGAUUGGAGCUGUGAGUAAAAGGGAUCUCAAGAGUUUCAUUUCAUGGGCGGCCAAGAACUUCGACAUGCCGAUUUUGGAAGAGUUUAUUCAUGCUACACCCACGGCCGAGCUAGAGCCUAUCACCGAAAACUAUGUUCAGUCUGACGAGGUUGAUAUGGGCAUGACCUAUGACGAACUGGCUCGUUUUGGACGACUACGCAAGGAGAGCAAGUUGGGACCCUACGGCAUGUUCCUACGACUUGUCGAAGAAUGGGGCGGAGAGGCCACAAACAAGCUGUGGCGACGCCAGCUGUUCAUGUGUAAGGAAAAUUACUCGCCCGACGACCACAGAUUUGACCUUCGCCCUUUGUUCUACCCACCUGCCUUCCAGGGCUGGUCCUUCCAGAAGAUUGAUAAGCGGGUUGAGGCCCUGGAAAAGGCUCUGGAGAAGAAGCAGGCUGCAAGUGACUCCAAAUAG